UCUAACUUUUUCUCUUGCUUUCUCGUAUUGAGAAAUUGUAAAGACAUGGGUCAGGGAACACCAGGAGGUUUGAACAGGCAAGGUCUUCCGGGGGACCGGAAGCCGGACGGCGGUGACAAGAAGGAGAAGAAGUUUGAGCCAGCGGCGCCGCCGGCUCGAGUAGGGCGGAAGCAGCGAAAACAGAAGGGGCCGGAGGCGGCGGCGCGGUUGCCGACGGUGACGCCGCUUUCCAAGUGCAAGCUGCGGCUGCUAAAGCUGGAGCGCAUAAAGGACUACCUUUUGAUGGAGGAGGAGUUCGUGGCUAACCAGGAGAGGCUGAAGCCGCAGGAGGAGAAGGCCGAGGAAGACAGAUCCAAGGUCGAUGAUCUCAGGGGUUCCCCUAUGAGUGUUGGCAACCUCGAGGAACUCAUCGACGAGAAUCACGCCAUUGUUUCGUCCUCGGUGGGUCCUGAGUACUACGUUGGUAUCUUGUCUUUCGUCGAUAAGGAUCAGCUCGAGCCUGGAUGUGCAAUUCUGAUGCAUAACAAGGUUCUCUCUGUCGUUGGGCUUCUUCAAGAUGAAGUUGAUCCUAUGGUAUCUGUCAUGAAGGUUGAGAAGGCACCUUUGGAAUCAUAUGCUGACAUUGGUGGUUUAGAUGCCCAGAUACAGGAAAUUAAAGAAGCAGUUGAGCUUCCACUGACGCAUCCUGAACUGUAUGAAGACAUUGGUAUCAAGCCUCCUAAGGGAGUCAUUUUAUAUGGAGAACCUGGAACCGGGAAGACAUUACUUGCAAAGGCCGUGGCAAACUCAACAUCAGCAACCUUCUUACGUGUUGUUGGUAGUGAAUUAAUACAAAAAUACUUGGGAGAUGGUCCAAAACUUGUAAGGGAACUUUUCCGGGUUGCUGAUGAUCUUUCCCCAUCUAUUGUUUUCAUUGAUGAAAUUGAUGCUGUUGGUACGAAGAGGUAUGAUGCCCACUCAGGUGGAGAACGUGAGAUUCAGAGGACUAUGUUGGAGUUGCUGAACCAGUUAGAUGGUUUUGAUUCAAGAGGAGAUGUGAAAGUGAUUCUUGCAACCAACAGAAUUGAAAGCCUUGAUCCAGCCCUGCUGCGGCCUGGUCGAAUAGACAGGAAGAUUGAGUUUCCUCUCCCUGAUAUCAAAACAAGAAGACGCAUUUUCCAGAUUCACACAUCAAGGAUGACAUUAGCUGAUGAUGUCAACUUAGAAGAAUUUGUUAUGACUAAGGAUGAGUUCUCUGGAGCUGAUAUAAAAGCUAUAUGUACUGAAGCUGGCUUACUUGCAUUACGGGAACGACGAAUGAAGGUGACGCAUGCCGACUUCAAGAAGGCUAAGGAUAAAGUUAUGUUUAAGAAGAAAGAAGGGGUGCCAGAAGGACUCUAUAUGUGAAUCAUCUUUAUCAUAUACCCCGGCCUUCUCUAUUAUGGUCCUUUUCUGCUGUGAACGAUUGUUUUUUUUGUUUGAGUUAUCAUGGGAUUUAAUCUCACCGAACUAUAGUCUCACGUAUAGUUUUCUUUUAUUUAAAACAAAUGGGAAAAUUUCCUGCCAUUUCUUCCUCGUUAAUGUAUGUUUUUCUGUCAAUUA